AUGGGUGUCCAAAGUGGUGAUCAGACGCAAGCUGGCUCCUCAAGUACUAUCAAUCCUCUCGUUCAAGAGUUCGGACUACUGCAAGUCCUCGAUGAUUUGAUCCGCCUAAGAGCUGCUGAUGCUGUUCAACAUCCGAUUCUUGCCUAUCCUCAUUCGGAGAGUGAUGCGGCCUCGUUUGAUUAUUAUACCGGACAGGACUUGGAUGAUAUGAUUAACCAGGCCGUCACCAGUCUUAUUGACGACGGAUUUAAGCAGUCAAAGUCAACAAAAGAUAGAUCUAUCGUUGCGCUCUUGACGUUAUCAGACAUCAACCUGGUCGUCACAUUCUUUGCCCUAAGUCGACUGGGCCACACUGUCAUGAUGCUUUCCCCGAGACUUUCUGGCGAAGCUUGUGUUGGAUUACUGGAAAUUGUGGGAUGCAAUACGAUAAUUUACGGAAAAUCAUCCAGUAUUCGCACUACUUUGGGUGAGAUUCUGCAACGAAAACUUGUCAGUUGCCGUCCAAUGCUCUCGAACUCUUUGAACAAUAAACCAGAAUCAUCCUUCUUGGUCUUGCAUCGCAAUCGGAAUCCUGAAAAGGUUGCUAUCAUCCUUCAUUCUUCAGGGUCAACGGGCACUCCAAAGCCACUUUUCCUCACUCAUCGAGCUUUGAUGACCCACCCACUAAGAGGUCCUGGGCUUACCUCUUUCAAUCCUCUUCCUUGGUAUCAUCUUCACGGUCUAUCGACUGCAUUACAGGCUAUGUGGAUGCGAAAGACUGCCUACAUGUGGAACUCUGCUCUACCAUUCACGGCUGAUCUUUUGGUUGCAGCUCUUGAGGAAGCAGAGCCAGAAUCCAUCGCCGCGGUCCCGUAUAUCCUUCAACUUUUGAUCAAUGAUACUCGAGGUAUCGCAGCACUCCGACGUUGCAUGCUCGUCACCUAUGGGGGUGCGCCGUGUCCCGAUGAACUUGGAGAUCGGCUUGUUAGUGAAGGUGUCCAUUUCAGUGGUUCAUUUGGCCUGACUGAAGCUGGACUCGUCGCUGAAUCAAUCUCACGGCCGACGGGAGACCCGUAUUGGAAUUAUCUGCGGUUCUUUGACAACAUUUCUACUUAUAUCUGGAUGAAACCUAUAUCCGAGUCUGACUUACUUUAUGAGUGCGUCUAUCUGGCUGGUCAUCCAGCCCUGACAGCUUCAAACUCCGAUGAACCACCAGGUUCAUUCCAUUCCAAGGAUGUAUUUACGCCCCAUCCUACAAUUCCGGAUCGCUGGAAGUAUAUGUCGAGGCUAGAUGAUCGUAUCAACCUCAUCAAUGGUGAGAAGGUUCUGCCUCUUCCUAUUGAAGGCUGUAUCAAGCAACACCCACUCGUCCAUGAAGCUGUCGUGGUCGGACUGGGUAAGGCUGCUCCUGGUCUUCUGAUUUUGAGAGCCCCUGAAUCUGAAGUGGAGCAUGCAACUGACGAUGAAUAUCUUAAUCACAUCUGGCCAAUCAUUCAGGAGGCCAACUCGCACGCUGAAACCUUCGCGCGGAUCUCCCGCGAUUUGGUCGCUAUAUUACCUUCUGAUGCCAAGUUUCCUCGAACCGACAAAGGAUCCAUGAUCCGAGCCAAAGUCUACCAGCAGCACGAGGGGCUUAUUGAAAGCCUCUUCCUCAAGGAAAAUCAAUUGGAGGGAAAGCUCGAGCUCGAUAUUGCCGAAACGGAGUCUCUUCUUCUCCAAAUGGCUCGAGAAGAACUGAGGAUUUCCAUAUCAGGAGCAACCGCCAACUUUUUCUCCGAGGGAGUUGAUAGUUUGAAAGCGAUCCAUUUUCGGCGUCUAAUCCUUCAACGCUUCAAAUUCCAGCAAAGCCACAUUCCAACUCAGAAUGUUAUUUUCGAUGCGGGGAGCAUAUCGCAGUUGGCUCAACAUAUUCACACUUUGCAAAAUGGCAAUAAAAUUGCAAGUAAAAACAGUGCUAUAUCGGUGAUGACAGACUUGAUCGAGAAAUACUCCGCGUUCCAACGACAUCAGCCUCGACAAGAGGUGUACCCAAAUACAACGAGUGUGCUUCUAACAGGAGCAACCGGUUCUAUCGGUGCGCAUACAUUGUUUGAGCUACUCAAUGACGACUCUAUAUCGACAAUUUAUUGCCUCACUAGGCGCGUAUCGUCGCUGGAGACAGUAAUCAACGCUUUGGUUGAAAAGGAUCUAUAUAUCAGCCCCGAGCAGAUGACCAAGAUCAUCGCUUUCAACAGCUCUCUCGAUAAGCCCGGUUUUGGUCUGAGUCUGGAAGAAGACAUGAUCAAACACAUGCUUGACUCGGUUUCUCUAAUUAUUCACACUGCAUGGCCCGUUAACUUCAACCUUCCUGUGUCCCAAUUCGAGCCACAUAUCCAGGGACUCUACAACCUGAUCCAAUUUUCGCUCUCCGUUCAUAGACCUGAGCCAGCUGUUAUGAUGUUCUGCUCCUCUGUCUCGGCUGCUCUAAGCUCACCUUCUGAUGAGAUACUCGAGGAGCCAGUUGCUUUGGAUCAUUCUUUCAUGGGCUAUGGACAGUCCAAGGUAGUCGGAGAGCGGAUUGUGAGCAAUGCGCGCCAGAGUGGUGCGAGAGCAUAUUCACUCCGAAUUGGACAGGUCUCGGGUCACUCCAAGAAAGGCCUGUGGAAUGACUCCGAAGCUCUACCGCUAAUGAUCCGAUCGGCACUCACUAUCAACGCGCUGCCAGAUCUAGAUCAAGAAUGCUCCUGGCUCCCAGUGGACAAGCUUGCCUGCAGUAUCCUCGAGCUGGCCAAAUCAUGCUCAUCUCUAGCUGAUACCCGGGACACCCAGGCAUCACAUUCAUCUACGGCACAAAGGGAUGACUCUAUUUUCAAUGUGUACAAUUCUCGUUCGUUCCCUUGGUCAUCGCUCCUGGACACUCUUAGACUUUGUGGGUUUGAGUUUGAUUCAGUGCCCUUCGAGGAAUGGUUGCAUAAGCUUCGUGAGAGCGAGGCAAGGGGUGAAGAACGUGCCAAUCCAGCGGUCAAGCUCAUUCACCACUAUGAGCAAAUGCAUGGAGGGAAGCGCUCUGCUGGGACGAGCAAAUUUAAGAGAUUUAUCACGGACAAGGCUGAGAGGGAUAGCGUUACUCUGCGAAAUGGGCGAUUACGAAUUGUUGAUGAUGGUAUUCUCAGCUGCUAUGCCCGGGACUGGCUAGCAAGAUGGAAGUAA